GCACAGCCUUUGCUGGUUUGGAUCUAUGCAAGCUGCUGUUUAAUUUUCGACGAACGUCAUGCCGACUGCGUUGUCAAUAGCUUGCCGUCAUUUCCGCCCGAACUUCACCGCCACGUAUCUACUGUUUUGACAUCCCUAAGGCGACGACAGAUCGUACCGCGCCCCACCGAGGGGACCGCGUCAGCGGGCUUUGCGACUCGAUGCUGCUCCUGCGCCUCGCUUGUUGCCCGGGGCGUUCACACAAACCCGUGUAUCGUAUAACACUGUUGGGAACACUUGUGGCGUUGUAGGCCGGCUUGAAAAAUGUUGUCUCACCUCCGACUCCAUCGACGCGCCCCGUCGAAUCCGACGUCACCUCUUCCAGACCAGUCCCACGCCUGCGACACUGCUGCGCAACGUGAGCAUCCGCCGUCGGCGCGAGAUGUCGCACCGCGCACCGAUGCACGCCCCCGAUCACCCGGUUCCUCGCAAAUGCCGCCCAUAUUGCCGCCAAUUGCCCGCGUGGCGUCGACCGGCUCCGAUCGCUCGUUUGGCCUACGCGACGAUGCCCAGCCCUCCCCGCAAAACCCCGGCAACCCCCCGGCUCGCCGUGCCUACGACGAGGAGACCAAUUCUGGCUUCAUCGGCGGAGUGGCGCUGCAAAACUAUCGCAAGGCAGUAGAGCAAUUGCAGCCUCCCGAGCCUGCUGCAGCCAUGGCGACCCCGCUUCCGCUUCCAGAGAGCCAGCUCUCGAGGUCGAAGCCUCCCCCACCCCCGAUCGACACAGGGGCGGGAUAUUCCGCUCGACCAGCAUUGGUAGGGAACAAGCAGACGAGGUCUUCGUGGUUUUCAGCGCCAAUUGAGGCUCAGGCGUCUGGAGGAGCCGCCGGCAAGCAGCGGCCCGGCGGCACGCGGUUGGCAACUGCGCCGGCAGCCAGCGUGGCCUCCGAACCGCAGAAGGCGAAGAAGGGCUUGCCGUUUCUGAAGAACCCAAUGUCAUCUCUCCUGUCGAGGAGGAAGACAGCUCAGACUGUGGCCGACGCCCAACCCGCACCCAGCUACGACCCGCGCAUCAAGGGCACCAGGGUGCAUGACUUUAGCGCGCCGCGGCCGAAGAAGGCGAUACCAAGCAACGAUAUUGCAGGAGCUGCAAAUCCCGAAGUGGCUCCAACUGUCGGUAGCUUGUCAGAGGGCGGAGAGAAGGCGGCGGCUCCCCUUCCGGUCGUACCGCUGUCGCCCCACUCACCGGAACCGUUCAGCGGUGAUGUUGACGCGACUAGCGACGAGAAACAGGGGGUACAAGAAAGCAAAGCGCUCCCUUCGCAUGGCAUACCACCGGAGCAGUCUGCGCCUGUGCCACAGGUCCCGCCCAAGGACGAGUCCAGCAGCAGCCUCCGCACCUCAUCCUCGGCCGCUUCCCGGGCCACGCAGGUUGGGCCCCUGCCGGCGCUCGCAUCAGUGUCUAUGAGGUCCGUUGCAUCUCGCCAGCUAUCCGUGUCGGAGGUCUCGAGGCGGGAUUCUGCCGCGUCUGCCAUCCCGAGACAUAUGAAGAGCACGUCAUCCAGGUUCAGCUUCGAUAUGAUCGGAGCUGCCAAGCAGGAGAGGCUGUUGGAGGAGCGCCACCGGCUUCGGCAACAAGAAAAGAAAACGUCGGACGACCCGGCCGAUCUUGAUACGAGGUUUGACGACUUUGAUGAUGAUUUUGACUAUGACGCGAUGAUGGACGACGACGGGCUGGAGGAGCGGAUACCGGGUGUCAACGCUGAUUACGACGAGGAAGAAGACCUGGAAGCUGCCAUGGACCCGGAUAACGACCAGGAGAACUUUGCCGGCUUCACAUUCCAGCGCUCGAACCCUGCAUCGUCGCUGGUAAGUCCGCAUACGCCAGCCAUGCUAGCGACGCCGCGAGAUGCAAAUGGGCAACCCAUCGGCUUCGCCAUGACUUACGGGACCACCUCGGAGCUGCCGACCGCAGACUCUCCCGUGCAUCCCAAUCCUCUACGUCUGUCCAAGCAGGACGACAUGUCGGGUCUUGGCAUUCAGGGGUUGGAGGCAGCUAGUACCAAUGGAGCUCCGCAAUCGAUAUAUCGUCCAUCGCAACCGCCUCCUCGGGCAGACGAUUUUCUGUUUAUCGAUGAUGGCCUGGCUGACGAGCUGGACUUUGAGCAUGACGGCGCACCCUUUGAUGAGUCAAUCUUUGACAUCAAUGACACGGACCAGUUCGGCAGGCCAAUACCGGGGGCUUUCGCGCAAGCAAAGGAGGCCAUGCAGACUGCCCAACAGCAGCAGCAGCAGCAGCCUGCUAAGCGCGAUUCUGACAUGACAUCUAGUGCGUCCGCUCAGUCAGGGCUCGCACAAUCCACCGGCCAUACGUCACCGAGUGCCGUCCUUCAGCAACCGCCUGACGCGGAUCAGUCUUCCUCGAAGGCUGACCACCCCGAGGCCAUGGCGACUAUGAUGGACAUGCCGGCUCAGGAUCUAGCCUACCAGGCUGCGCUUGCUGAAGCUGCACAGAAGGCAGCAGCAUCCGGGAAGUUCCGUAGAACCUCUUCGCCCGAUGUGCUUGCCGGGCUCGCCGAGACGCCCCUGAACGACACUGCGGAAUCGUACAUCAAUGAUUACGAUGAUGACGCCUUUACGAACGACUUUGACGACUUCGACUUUGACGACGAAGCCAUCAUAGCCGAAGCCAACGCCAGCGCGCUCGCCAACGACGCAGACGGCUUCUAUGGACAGGAAUUCGGCUUCUACUCGGCCCCGAUCCCGCAGCACCAACCGUCCUCUUACUACAACAGCCAUCACCAAUCCUCAGCCUCCUCAUCAGGGGGUGCGCAGACCACCGAAACGGUCUUCCAAUACGCCAACGGCGGCUACUUCGGCCCCACGGGCGCCGCCUUCGGCCGCAGCGCCUCGGGCCGCGUGGUCUGCCGCGAACCCAACCUCACGCCGAUCACCGAGCGCUCCGAGUACUCCAACCGCAACUCGGUCAUGAGCUUCACCCUCCCGCCGGCCAUAACUAGCGAAGGGAGCGGGGUGGCGGGCAGCCGCAACUCGGCCUCCGCCAUGACAAGCCCCGGGCUGGCGCAGCUGGCCAGCCUCAUGUCGGACGACGCUGCCGCGGCGGACAGCCACAUGACGCUGUCGGCGCUGAUGAAGCUGCGCAGCAAAGCCUGGGGCGGGUCACAGGCGAGUUUGGUCAGUUCGUCGCGCGAGGGCGGCAGUCCGCGCUCGGAGAGGGCGGACUCGCCGUAUGGCACGGUGCCGGCGCAUCUGGCGGGGCAUGUGAGGGUCAAUUCGGGCUUGUCGCUGUGGAGCUGUUCGGAGGCGGCCGAAGAGCAGCAGGAACAGCAGCCGCAGCCGCAGCAGGGUGGGAGUCGUGCUGCUAGCAAUACACCCUCGGCUGCUCGGCUCCGGCCGCCGUCACGAGGCUCUUGCAGUCGUCGUCGGCCCACAGAUUCUUACAGAAACCCCCGUCCAGAAUAUCCAAAUCGAUCAGAUUCCACGGCUGCGGCGCCUCGUUGUUCCGCUCCUUCAACCGCAGCAACGCCGGAAUCAAGCGGCCCCUCAGAACAAGAUAGCUUGCUCCUCCCUCAGCCAACUCUCCCAUCGGAUCCGGGCCGGCCGCCUCACACCGUACAUCAACGACCUCACACUCGGACUCAAACCCGUGCUCGUUGUGGACAAACUCGACCGGCGCCUUGACGCUCGCCCACGACCACGACGGCGCGCGCCACUUGGUCGGGCGGACCAUCCAGGUUUUUUCCAACCCGCCCUCACUAAUACUGGUAGUAGUAUCAUCGUCCCCGGUCGGCGAGGACGGCGGCAACUGCACAUGCCACAGCAGAUCCCCUUUCACCAAGCUAUCCUCCCACAAGCCAGCCACAUACUUUGAGCCAUUCCUAACCUUCCCCAUCAGCUGCGCCAUCCCGGCGAUAGCGGGGAAGAUAUCCUUCUCGAAAGUGAGCUGCAGCCGCGUGUAAUCCUCUACUAGCCUGCGCCAGCACACCCGUAGCUCCCUCUCCCCCUCGCUCUCACUACUAGUACUAGUAGUG